UUUUUCCGUUGCUGCAAUUUUGCUUUGAAGAAAUGUCUGGACGCGGGAAGCAGGGAGGAAAAGUGCGGGCCAAGGCUAAGUCCCGCUCUUCUAGGGCGGGCUUACAGUUUCCUGUGGGUCGAAUCCACCGCCUGCUUCGCAAAGGCCACUAUGCAGAGCGGAUAGGGGCGGGCGCGCCAGUAUACUUGGCUGCAGUGUUGGAGUAUCUAACCGCAGAGAUCCUUGAACUGGCUGGCAAUGCGUCUCGCGAUAAUAAAAAAACUCGCAUUAUUCCCCGACACCUGCAGCUAGCUAUCCGCAAUGAUGAGGAACUCAAUAAGCUGUUGGGUGGCGUGACGAUUGCACAGGGCGGAGUCCUGCCCAACAUUCAAGCUGUAUUGCUGCCCAAGAAGACUGAGAGUCACCACCAUAAAUCUCAAAACAAGUAAUUU